GGAGAGCACGAAAGCAGCGCCAGGAGCAGCGGCUGCAGCAGGGCCGGUCACCCUCGCCCCCUCCCUGCUCCUGUGCACGCCGGUGCAAGCCAUGUCCUAUCCUCAGGGUUACCUCUACCAGCCUCCCGGCUCGCUGGCUCUGUACUCCUGCCCGGCGUACGGGGCAUCGGCGCUGGCGGCCCCUAGGAGCGAGGAGCUGGCCAGGUCUUCGUCGGGAUCGGCGUUCAGCCCUUACCCGGGAUCGGCAGCUUUCACCGCCCAGGCGGCGGCCACAGGCUUCACCAGCCCGCUCCAGUACUCCACAGACCCUGCCACGGGAUUCCCCUCCUACAUGGGCUCCCCUUACGACGCCCAUACGACGGGGAUGACCGGAGCCAUCAGCUACCACCCGUACGGCAGCCCUGCCUACCCUUACCAGCUCAACGACCCCGCGUACAGGAAAAACGCCACCCGCGACGCCACGGCCACCCUCAAGGCCUGGCUGCAGGAGCACCGCAAGAACCCCUACCCCACCAAGGGCGAGAAGAUCAUGCUGGCCAUCAUCACCAAGAUGACCCUCACCCAGGUCUCCACCUGGUUCGCCAACGCCCGACGGAGGCUCAAGAAGGAGAACAAGAUGACCUGGGCCCCGCGCAACAAGAGCGAGGACGAGGACGACGACGAAGGCGACGGGGCGAGGAGUAAAGAGGAGAGUCCCGAGAAGAUGCCCGAGAGCAACGAAACCUCCGCCGAGGACGAAGGAAUCAGCUUGCAAGUCGACUCGCUGACGGAUCACUCCUGCUCCGCCGAGUCGGACGGCGAGAAGCUGCCCUGCCGAGCGGGAGACCCCCUCUGCGGGUCGGGCUCGGAGUGCAAGGACAAGUACGGGGACGUCGAGGAGGAAGAGGAGGAGGACGACGACGAAGAGGAGGAGGAGGAGGACAUCGAAGAGGACGACGGCGGCGGCGGCGGGGAGCGAGACCCGCCCGCCAAACCCGCCACCUCGUCGCCGCUGGCGGCCGUGGAGGCUCCGCUGCUCGGCCACCCGCACGCCGACGCCGCCCGCAGCGCCAGCAAGGCGGUGCUGGGCGACCGCGCCUCCCCCGGGGCCCCCACGCCGGCCAGCAAGCCCAAGCUCUGGUCGCUGGCCGAAAUCGCCACCUCGGACCUCAAGAGCCAGACCCUGGGCCAAGGCUGCCAGGCUGCGCCGCUCUCCUCCGCCACCCCCGCCUCCGCCCCGCACAGCGCUGCCUACUCGCCCUCCUCCCUCCUGGGGAGGCAUAUUUAUUACACCUCGCCUUUUUAUAGCAACUAUACAAACUAUGGGAACUUUAACGCUCUGCAGAGCCAGGGAAUCCUGAGGUACAACUCGGCGGCGGUGGCUUCGAACGAGGGACUAAGUCAGACUGUCCUAAAUGCCAGCUCUGUCCACAAGCAGAGCAGUGACUCUUUGAAAACGAUCACUAACCAGCUAGAACAACAUUACAGGCCCUCUAGUUAUGACUCUAAGAAAGAUCCCACUGAAGUCUGCACAGUAGGAGUACAACCAUACCUAUAGAAGUGCAAUCACACAGCAAUGCAAGUAGGUGUCACAAUUGCUUUGAGAAAAGUCAGCAAGCCAUCAUCUUUCCCCGAGCUAAUAUAUAUAACAAAUCUCUAAAUCCGGAUCACAUCUUGUGCCACUGUAUAAAAGAAGACCACAGAGCACUAUUAAAUCUUCAGACUCUAAUUAUUAAACCAGAAUUUUGUUGGACAUAUGUGAGUUCGCUGGUAUAGUAUAGUUUCCCCAAUGUAUGUGUGACUUUUGAAAACAAAUCUGUUUUUCUCAGGAUAUCUUGAAUUGAUCACUUCAUUGCCACGGUAUAUAUUCGAUAGGUGUGAUAGGAUUUAUUGUAAAAUUUAUUUGUAAAAGAUGUAUACAGUAGAGAUAAUAAAGAUGUGAUUGGAGAACUUGAGUCCUUACAAAGUGGAAACAAAUUUGAUAUUUAUUUUUGUAAUGAUAUAAAGCUUCUAGUAAUUUAUGCAAGUUGUAUUGCAAUGGAAUCUGAACUUUUUGUAAAUAAAUUUUGCCUGGUUUUUAUUUGAAACGUUGAUGGUUAUACAAUCUUUGGUUGUUUAACAAGAAUUCUUUACUAAUUUAUAUCUCUAAUUGUAAAUAAAAACAGA